AGUUUCACCAUCAAGAUUCUAAAAAAAAAAACAAAAAUGCUUUCUUUGCUAAUGUCUUCUUUGAAAUCUCUCAUAAAUUCUCAAUUCAAACUCUUCGUCCAUGACGAUUUUCAUGAAAUUGUUGCUAGGAUGACCAUCCUCGACAAAUUUAUUUUCCUUAUUGUGCAUUCCAUUGAUAAGCUAGGGAUAUGGCACAAGUUACCGGUGAUUUUAGGCAUGGUUUAUCUCUCCCUACGCCGGCAUCUGCAUCAAGAAUAUAACCUAGUGAACGUCGGUACAACUCCAGUAGGAGUUCGCUUCAAUCCGUUGGAUUAUCCUUAUCAAACAGACGAUGGAAAAUAUAACGAUCCUUUCAAUGAAGUUGCUGGGAGCGAAGGAACGUUUUUUGGCCGAAAUAUGGCCCCUGUUCAUCAGAAACAUAAGUUGAAGAAGCCAGAUCCAAUGGUGGUAGCUACGAAACUACUAGCAAGGAGAAAGUUCAUAGACACAGGGAAGCAAUUUAACAUAAUUGCAGCUUCUUGGAUUCAGUUUAUGAUUCAUGAUUGGAUCGAUCACUUGGAGGAUACUGAACAGAUCGAGUUGAAAGCACCCAGAGAAGUAGAAAGCCAAUGUCCUCUGAAAUCAUUCAAGUUCUACAAGACAAAGGAAGUUCCUACUGGCUUCUACGAGAUUAAGACCGGCGGCAAGAACAUUCGUACUCCUUGGUGGGACGGAAGCGUAAUCUAUGGCAGCAACACAGAAUGGCUGAAUAAGGUAAGAACAUUCAAAGAUGGGAAGCUGAAAAUAUCAGAAGAUGGACUUCUUCUCCAUGACGAAAAUGGCGUUGCUAUAUCUGGAGAUAUUCGCAAUAGUUGGGCCGGUGUCUCCACUUUGCAGGCUCUCUUCGUUAAGGAGCAUAACGCUGUCUGUGAUGCUCUCAAGAGGGAAUAUCCAGAUUUAGACGAUGAAGAUUUAUACAGGCAUUCAAGAUUAGUGACUGCUGCUGUUAUUGCAAAGAUUCACACUAUUGAUUGGACUGUAGAACUUUUGAAAACUGAUACUUUAUUAGCAGGAAUGCGUGCCAAUUGGUAUGGAAUAUUGGGAAAGAAAUUUAAGGACACAUAUGGACAUGUGGGAGGAGUAGUCUUGGGUGGUCUUGUGGGUCUAAAAAAACCCGACAAUCAUGGUGUCCCUUAUUCUCUAACCGAAGAAUUCGCAAGUGUUUACAGAAUGCACGCUCUUCUACCUGAUACUCUUGCCCUAAGAGACGUUUCAGCUAAGCCCGGUGUCAAUAAAUCUCUACCGUUAAUCAAACAGGUUCCUAUGGAAAAGCUGAUAGGACUAGAAGGAGAAAAAACUGUAGCAAAAAUUGGAUUCGCUGCACAAAUGGUAUCGAUGGGUCAUCAAGCUUGUGGAGCCUUGGAGCUGUGGAACUAUCCAGUUUGGUUUAGAAAUAUUAUACCACAUAAUCUUGAUGGCACUGAAAGAUCUGACCAUAUCGACCUAGCAGCUCUCGAAGUUUAUAGGGACAGGGAGAGAAAUAUAGCAAGGUACAAUGAUUUCAGGAGGUCCCUAUUGUUGAUCCCAAUUUCCAAAUGGGAAGAUCUGACGAAUGAUAAAGAAGCUAUCAAAGAACUAAGUGAGGUGUACGAUAAUGAUGUUGAAGAACUUGAUCUUCUUGUGGGUCUCAUGGCAGAGAAGAAGAUCCCCGGAUUUGCUAUCAGUGAAACUGCAUUCGUCGUAUUCCUUCUCAUGGCGACAAGGAGGCUAGAAGCAGAUAGGUUUUUCACAAGCCAUUUCAAUGAAGAAACGUACACAAAGAAGGGACUAGAAUGGGUGAAUACUACAGAGACUCUAAAAGAUGUGCUUGAUCGUCAUUAUCCAGACAUGACAAAAAAUUGGAUGAAUUCGCAAAGUGCUUUCUCUGUUUGGGACUCACCUCCUCCCGCUCGUAACCCUAUUCCUCUUUAUCUUCGUAUCCCAAAGUGAUCGGAGAUGAUCCACUUAAAAUUAUAUUGAAUUAAUAAUGUUGCAUGUGCUUAUUUUCUACGUUCAUGUAUUAUUUUGUUUGUUGAAAAAUGUAAACAAAAAGGGAGCUGUAUGAAAUGGAAAACUUUCUAAAUUCAUGAUUUAUGAAAGAGGAAAUUACACCCCCUA